AUGUCUUCGCCUGCGAUGCUGCAGGCCUGGGCGCGGCUGGGGAGGAAUUGGCAUCCCACAACCUGGAACGUCGACCCGGGUCAACAGCGUCAGAUCAAGUGUCUUGAUGAUCUUGAUGAUGUGAUGGUGAUGAGUAGCGCUUACUUGGAUUGCCCCUUCGAAUGGACAUGUCCCCUUGGCGGCCGCGAUGCUUCCAUGGCCUGCGGCGUACAGUUCCUGUUAGCUGCGGGUAUUUUGAUUUUUUCAGUCAUCUUCUUCUGGCUGCUCGUGCAAUUUGUUC